AUGACCCCAUGGACGUGGAGCUCCAAUCGCGACAUAUCUCCAGCUCCACGGCAUGGCCCCCCUGCGAUUGCGAUUGCGAUUGUUCAUCCUCCCAUCGCGCCCAUGGACACGGUGCGGGAGUGCGUACGGCACAUCGAGGCUUGCAAAACGCUGGCGCAAGCCAAGGCCGUGCAUGGACGAGUUCGCGAGAAGAAGCUGGACAUCAAUGGCUAUGUGGCCAACCAUCUGGUCCAGAUGUACGGCAGGAUUGGGCGCGUGGAGGAGGCCAGGGGUGUGUUUGAUGCCAUUUACCCCAAGGGGGCAUAUUCCUGGAACUUGAUGCUCGUGGCAUAUGCCCAAAACGGGCAUCUGGAGGAUGCCAAGGGGUUGUUUAGCGUCAUGCCUGAUCCGGAUCUUCUGUCUUGGAAUGUUAUGCUCAGUGCGUACUCGAAACGUGGGAGACUUAAGCAUUGCCAAGGUGUGUUCGACGCCAUGCCAAGGAAGGAUUUGGUUUCCUGGAACACUUUGCUUACUGCAUAUGCCCAAAAUGGGAAUCUUGCAGAAGCGAAAGCCGUGUAUGCGAGAAUGCCGGAGAUGGGUCUCAUGUCGUGCAACAUUAUGCUUGCGGCACAUACGCAGAGCAAGUCUUUGGACGAGGCGAAAGAUCUUUUCAACCAGAUGCCGGAGAAGAAUCUCGUAACGUUGAACUCGAUGCUAACUGCAUAUGCCCAAAAUGGGUAUCUUGAUGAAGCGAGGCAAGUGUUCCUUGACAUGCCCAGCCGCGAUCUCGUGUCCUGGAACGCCAUGCUCGCUGCAUUUGCCGCAAACGAUAAGCUCGAAGAAGCAAAGAGAUGUUACGACGUUAUGCCGGAGCGGAAUCUUAUCUCUGCAAACACAAUACUGAUUGCGAACUCCAAACAGGGCAUUGUCGAAGACGCGCAAGAGGUCUUUGAUUCGAUGCCCGCCAAAGAUCUUGCUUCGUGGACUGCACUACUUUGCGUGUUUGCUCACGGAGAGUUUUUCGAUGAAGCGAGGAGUGUGUUCGAUCGAAUGCCCGAGAGGGACUUGGUCGCAUGGACAGUGAUGCUCGAGGCCUAUGCCCGGAGCGGGCAUAUCCACGACGCUAUCACCGCGUUCGAGCGCUUGCCGGAGCUCGAUCUCGUGUCCCUCACAACAAUGCUGGACGCGUACGGCCAGAGUGGAAACGUGGUGGAUGCCGUGCGCCUCUUUCGUACGUCGCCGUACCAAGAUCUCGUCUCGUGGAACGCAUUGCUAUCAGCCUACGUAAGGAACGGGCAUCUCAAAGAAUCUAGAGAGCUCUUUGAAAGGAUGCCUUUGAGAAACUUGGUGUCCUGGAACGCCUUGUUAGUGGUUUUUGCCGAGACGGGGCAUUUUGAGGAUGCUAGGAGAGUGUUUGAGGAGAUGCCGGACAAGGACGUGGUAUCUUGGAAUGCCAUGCUCUCUGCGUAUUCUCAAGGUGGCUCCUUCGAUCGGGCGAAAGCCACCUUUGAGUUGAUGCCGAAGAGAGACCAGAUCUCGUGGAAUGCCAUGCUUUCGAUCUAUGCUCAAAACGGGUACCUCGAAGAGGCCGCGAGCAUCUUCACUGGCAUGCCCGAGUGGAACUCGGUGUCGUGGAACGCACUUCUUGCCGCUUAUGCUCAAAACGGGCAUCUAAAACAAGCAAAGUUCUUGUUCUACGAGAUGCCCGUCCAGAACCAAGUCUCAUGGAACGCAAUGCUCUCCGCGUACUCCCGAAACGGGCACAUCAGCGACGCAAAGCGCCUGUUCGAUGCUACUCCGGAGCUCAACCUCAUCUCCUACAACGCAGUACUCACCAUGUACGCUCACACCGUAGAGCCUGGAAUCGCUCUGGAGCUGUUUGGGGCGAUGAUCCUCGAUGGCAUCAAACCCGACGAGGUCUCCUUCACCUCCGUCCUCUUGGGCUGCAACCACGCUGGAGUUUUCAAGUCUGGUUGGUCAUACUUUUGCUCUCUGGUGGCCGACUACGGCCUGAGGCCAGCAAAACAGCAUUUUGGAUGCAUGAUCGAUCUGCUGGGCCGCUCCGGUCGCGUGCACGAUGCCGAAGAUCUCCUCGCAAACAUGCCAUUCAUCCCGGAUGUUAUCGAGUGGAGAAGCCUGCUCAGAGGCAUGAAAAGCCAUAGCGGUCGAGCUAGAGCAGCGUCGGACUCCGUUUUGGCGCUCAAGCCGCAAACUUCCGGAUCUUUCGUUUUGAUGGCCAAUGUGUAUGAAAGCAAUGCGAUGGCUCCAUGA